AAUAAUUGAGGCUUCGGCGCGCUUUUGGUUGAGGCCUCGGGCUUGAAGAAGGUCGUUAUGGAUUCACUGAAUCAUUUAAAAACCACGUAUAGACCAAGAUUCUUCAACAGAGAAGGUAAAAACAAAGCUAUUGAUAAACAAGGAGAAUUGUUGGAAUGCAUACAAGACUGUUUUGAAACUUGUGCCAAGGAAUUUACAGAAUGCUCCCCUUGCAUAUCAUGUGGCUCAUCCUCUAGUUUGGAUCAAGUUCCAUGCCAUAGCAAAAAAAAGGAACAGACCAAGUUGGAGCUUGCAAAGGUCAACCCUGUGAACAAUGUCUUUAAUACCUUCAAUUUCUUCCUAUCACCAGCCAGAACAGAAAGAUUUUCAGGCAGCAACUUAUCAGAAGAAAUUCUAGAUGAGGAUAUUGAUGUGUUGUCCUUAGGAUCACCUGCCCUUCUGGGAGAAGGAGAAGGAGAAGAAGGAAAGAAAUCAUGUGUAGAAAGGUUGUGUUUUGAUGAAGAGGUAUUUGAUUUACACAACAGCAAAAAUUUUAGCAAGUCUAAGGGCUUUUGUGCAGGGAAAGAAACAAAGAAACCAACCUCUUGUCAAAUAAAGAUGUCAAGAUCUUUACCAUCAUUAGAAGCCAUGACAAGUGCUUUGGCAGUACGAAAUGCAGCUAAAGGAGCUAAACCAGAAGAGGAAUGUGAAUUUUUGAUAGAGGAAUCUUUUGGGGCGUCUUCUGCAUCUUGGAUUUCAACAUCUCGAAAGAAACAAAAACCACAGAAAAAGAGAUUAAUAGCUGUAUCAUUUGAAGAAAACAAGGAAGCCCAGCAGAAUAAUGAAAGGAGAAAAGAUAAAAGGGAAUUGGGGAAAGCAACUGUGCCAACUCCAGUGAAGCAAAUCAAGGCAACAGUAAGUAAUGUUGGUGAAAUAGCUUUUGAUGGAUUGCAAAAUGCUUCAAGAACUAAUGAAGUAAUGGCUGUGAAGAAUGAUCAGUCACAGUUGGCUAUAAAGACUACCCAAGAAGCAAGGAAGCAAAUGCAUUCCAAAAAUAGAGAUAAAGAUUUAGUAGAAAUACAUAACAGAGUUUACCAAGACCCCAUAAGUAGAAAGCAGGCACAAGACCUUAUACCUUUACUAGAACCAGAACAAAGAUUAUCAGUCCAGAUACAACCUUUGGAAAGUAGAAAACAAAGCUCAUCUCAGUAUAAGCUGACUACACAGACAGAAGUGCAUAAUGAAAACCAGCAGGAGUGCAGAGUUUCAGUUCUAUCCUCAAAGGACUGCACACAGUCUAAGAAUACAGAUAUUUAUUCUGAAAAUUUAGGUUCUGUGCCAAAACCUGUUCCUGUAGCUCAGCAGUUGUGCCAUAGUACGCCAAUCAGAAAGCAGAAGUUAUCAUCCAAAAAACAAUUGGGGACUCCAAAGAAAAAGAAAAAAUCCACUGUUGGACCCAGGAGGAGGAAGAGCAGGCGAUCGGUUUCAGAGAGAAGCCUUGAAGAUGAUCAUGGUGAGGAACAGUUAGGUAAAAAGGAUAAAAACCUUCAUCCUUAUGAGUUAAGAAAAACUGAUUUAAGGAGGGCAACACCUCAAAAAGUAAAACAGACUUCUUUACUGAAAUCCAAGGAUAACAUAUACCAAGAGGAUUCUUGUGAGCAGCAACAUGUGGCAGAAAAACUUUUAAAUGCUUCAGCAAGACAACGAAACAGCGAUGGAUUUUUACCUCAAUCUUGGGCAUCAGAUGAAGAUAUGAAUAACAGUGGCCCAGUUUGUAGUGAUGAAAUAUUUACAAGAGAAUGGAAUCCACUUAAUAAGGAUGGUUCUGGUUCAGUAUCGCCUACAAGCACAUCCAAUGUUCGUCGGUCCAAAAGAAUACGUACUAAACCAUUGGAAUAUUGGCAAGGAGAACGUGUUGAUUAUAAAACAAGAGCUUCAGAUGAAUCUUCAGAUUUGGAGGAGAAUCUAAAUGGCCUAAAGCACAAACUAGUGUGGCCUACAAACACACCCAAUGUUCGUCGGACCAAAAGAAUACGUAUUAAACCAUUGGAAUAUUGGCGAGGAGAACGUGUUGAUUAUAAAACAAGAGCUUCAGGAGGCUUUGUAAUUGGUGGAAUAGUAUCACCUGAACAAAGAGAACCCAGAAAACCUAAACCGAAAGUUACUAGGAAAUCUGUUCCGGAGAUGGAGAACAUGCAUGAUAACUCAGUUUCCUUAAGAGAUCCUUCUCAGCCGGCUGUUGUUUUUGAUAAAGCAUCUAAUCAAGAAAUUCUUCUAGAAUGCGUGAACAAUGGUAGUUCACACGUGUUUUUCAUCGGUAAUGAAGCAGUGUCCAUUUAUAAAUACCUGAGUACACCUUCCUUUUCUGCUGGAAAAAUGAUAUUAAAGCCAUUAAAAGAAAAGGGAUAUCAGUAUUCCCACACAGACACAUUGGUUUUUCACAUUAGUUGUGGUAAACUUCUUUUAACGCUGUAUGAUCAAAACUAUUGUCUGACUGCUGGAAACUAUUUUUUUAUUCCACCAGGGAAUAUAUACAAUAUACGUAAUCUCUGGAAUAAAGAAUGUGUCAUCCUCUUCACACAGCUAAAAGGAAAAGGCCAGAAAAGUAAUCUCUAAUGUAAGCUUGUAUCCAUAUAUCUUGGAUCAACUUGAAGAUCAUCACCUGCUUAAAAACUGAAGAAUUCUUGGAAUCCCUUUUUUCCUCAGGUUCUCUCUAGUUCUGCUGUUUACAGUUACAAAAUAAAUGUUUUUCAUGGCUGUGUUGUGCAUUCUGAUAGUUUACAUUUCAGUCUGUUCUGAUGUUUUGUAGUAAAAGUGUUUAAAAAUUUACCCAGAAUUAAAAUAAAACCAUGUUUUCUAAAAACUCAUCCCAUGGAUGUCUUUUAUGUGAGUUUCUCUUGAAAUGUAGGAGGUCGUAUUUCCAGGAAUAUGGCGUGAAAGUUGUCAGAAUGUCUCAUGUUAACUGCCUUUGUUUUAACUGAGUUUCAGAAUCCUACAUUUGAGAGGUGUUAAGCCUUAAAUACAAUUUAUUGCUGGGAUUGGCUGGCACUGCAUUCCACACAUGCUAUAGCUUGUUCUGGAGGUUGUGCAGUGGCUAUCCAUAGG